AUGUCUCCGCGGUCAAGUACAGACGUCAGCGACGAAAAAGCCCACAUCGGCCCCCGAAGGCCAUCUGGCGAUAAUAGCGACAACGAAUUCGACCGCACCAAAUCCGAGGAUGUGACUUACGCUCCGAUCACCUCUCCCGGUGAAAGCAGUGCACCGCUCCAGAAACAGCGCUCGAAUGCGUCCAAAUCAGUCACAUCUAGGUCCCUGGAACGCAGCUGGUCAUUGAACGACGGCGUUAGUAUCGGCGGCCAUGGAAUCGACGAGGCCGCGGUGGCGAACGAGGAUGAAGCGUAUACUGUUUUAGGCUUGGAGGAUAACGAUCCGCGCAAUAUGAGCAAGGCUCGACGGUGGCUGGUUGUCAUUAUUGUCUCCAUGGGUUCACUCUGCGUGACUUGUGCGUCUUCGAUGUAUACCACGACAUAUGUCCAAUUGAUGAGUGAAUUUGGGUGUUCGCAAAUAGUUGCGACUCUUGGAUUAUCGUUUUUCAUCUGGGGACUUGGAAUUGGUCCGCUCUUUCUGAGUCCGUUAUCCGAGUUUUAUGGCCGGAGAAACAUUUACAUCGUUUCGUUCUCGCUGUUUCUCGUGUGGCUUAUUCCGUGCGCAGUCGCUCAGAAUACCGAGACUAUGCUUAUCGCUCGGUUCUUCAGUGGACUGUCAGGGAGUGCCUUUUUGAGUGUCGCUGGAGGCACUGUUGGUGACAUGUUUGAUCGCCAUGAGCUUGCCUUGCCCAUGAUGCUUUACACUGCGAGCCCUUUUGUGGGCCCCGAAAUUGGUCCUCUGGUUGGUGGCUUCAUUAAUGCAUUUACCACAUGGCGCUGGACGUUUUAUGUACUCCUGAUUUGGACGGCAGGGAUCCUCGCCUCGAUAAUAUUCUUUGUCCCAGAGACUUAUCACCCAGUACUUUUGAGGCGUAAGGCGCAGAAGCUGCGUCAGGAAACCGGAGACGACCGAUGGAAAGCUCCAAUCGAAAAGCUGCAGCGUUCUGUCCCGCAAACAGUCAUGUUUUCUUUGUAUCGCCCCUUUCUCCUCUUAACAUUGGAGCCAAUAUGUCUAUGCCUUUGCAUUUUCUCGGCCAUCCUAUUGGGAAUUCUGUACCUCUUCUUUGGUGCUUUCCAGCUAGUCUUCUCUGAGGUAUAUGGGCUAGUAAUAUGGCAGCGUGGACUGUGUUUCCUUGGUCUAUUUGUCGGCAUGGUUAUAGCCAUCUUGUCCGAUCCGAUCUGGCGCCGAAACUACGCUCGCUUGGAGCAUAACCACGAGAAAGCCACGAACAAGCUGGACGACUUCCAGCCGGAGUGGCGACUGCCCCCAGAUCGGGUUACUGCUAGGACAAUCCUGGUCUACUCGGGUAUCUUCACAUUCCUGGUCGAUGCGUAUCCAACUUUUGCCGCCAGUGCUCUGGCAGCGAACAGCUUCACUCGGUCAUCCUUUGGAGGCAUAUUUCCACUAUUCGGAAUGCAAAGUAAGUUUGUCUGCACCCUCUCCGUGCUGAGACAAGAAUUGGAAGCCUGA